GGCGCGGCGGCCGGACACGUUCCCUUUAAGAGGGCGGGGCUAAAGGCGGAUUGGCGCUGAGGGUUCGCCGCAGUUUUUGUUUCACCGCCCGGGCCAUGUGGACGCUGCUGGUGAGGAGUUGUUCCCGGCUGCCGGCCGGGGUCCGGGGCCGCGCUCACCGCUUAACGGCCCUCGGGACCGAGGAUGGGACCGUGGAGGCGCCGGCAACCGGCCGCCAGUUCCCCUGCACCGACGUGAUGAGGAGCAUCAGGCAAAUAAUUCUGAAUUGUAAAGCAGAGUUGGUAGCUCUGAAGAAAUGUGAACCUGGCUUUCACCCGAGACUGGCCUUUUUACAGGCCGGAGAUGGUGAUAUUUCAGAGGUGAAGAAGAUGGCAAAAGAGGUUGGGCUGCAUGUUGUUCAGGUCCAUUUGCCAGAAGGAACAGCUACAGAGGAGGUUGUAAACGAGAUCAUAAAGUUAAAUGAAGAUCCAAAAAUACACGGCUUGGUUCUUCCCCACAGCCUUGUAAGCGAAGUGACUGUGAGCAUGGUGAAUCCUGAAAAGGACAUUGAUGGGAUCACAGAUGUUAAUUUAGGGCGAUUGGUCCGUGGCAAUUUAAGUGAGUGUUUUGUGCCCCCAACUGCAAGUGCAGUGAUGGAACUGCUGGAGCAAGCAGAUCUGCUCUCUCUUGGAAGAAAGGUUUUGAUUAUAGGAGAGGGUGGUUCGCUGGAAGCAGCCCUGCAGAAACUUGUGCAGAUGGAAGGGUUGGUGGCUGUGAGCUGCCAGUGGCAGAGCACUAACGUCAUGGAACUGGUCAAUCAGACUGAUGUGGUAGUGGUGACCAGCCCUGCACCUGAAGGCCAUAAAGAUGAUUGGUUAAGAGAUAAUACGACCAUAAUCGUGUACGAUUUACCAGCUUUCAGCUCAAGCCCCAGCUACCAAGGUUUCCAGCACAAUGAACCUGGACCAUCGCACAAUGGAAUUGGACUUCUGACAGGAGCUCUGCGGAUCAAGAAUACAGUGGAAAGCAGCACCAGGUGGUUGAAGCAACAACAACACAAGAGAUGGAAUCUUCUGCCUCUCAAAUUGCACCCCAUCUCGCCUGUCCCCAGUGACAUUGAGAUCUCCAGAGCACAGACUCCGAAGCCAGUCGGCAUCCUCGCCAAAGAGAUUGGGCUGCAUCCAACAGAAAUAGAAGCCUACGGAAGGAAUAAAGCAAAAGUAAAACUAUCUGUCUUGGAUAGAUUGAAAGGACAGGAGGAAGGAAAAUAUGUAUUGGUUGCUGGAAUUACACCAACUCCUCUGGGAGAGGGGAAGAGUACAGUGACAAUUGGAUUGGUUCAAGCACUGGGUGCUCAUCUAGAUGUUAAUGCAUUUGCUUGUGUAAGGCAGCCAUCUCAGGGGCCAACAUUUGGCGUUAAAGGUGGAGCUGCAGGAGGUGGAUAUUCUCAGGUCAUUCCAAUGGAGGAGUUCAACCUUCACUUAACUGGGGACAUUCAUGCAAUUACAGCAGCCAAUAACCUGUUGGCAGCAGCUAUUGAUGCCAGAAUGCUACAUGAAGCUACUCAAUCGGACCAGGCACUGUACAAUCGUUUGGUGCCCACUGUAAAUAGAGAGCGACAUUUCUCUGCCAUCCAGCUUGCUCGACUAGCACGCCUGGGGAUCCAGGAGAAGGACCCCCAUGCACUGACACCAGGGGAGAUCGCAAAGUUUGUUCGUUUGGAUAUUGAUCCUUCUACAGUUACCUGGCAACGAGUGGUCGAUACAAAUGAUCGCUUCUUGCGUAAAAUAACGAUCGGGAAAUCUAAUACAGAGAAAGGAUUUAUUAGAGAGGCUCAGUUUGAUAUUGCUGUUGCCAGUGAAAUCAUGGCAAUCCUCGCCUUAACAGACAGUCUGGCUGACAUGAGGAACCGACUUGGAAAGAUAGUGGUAGCCAAUGACAGGAAAGGACAACCGGUUACAGCAGAAGAUCUGGGAGUUAGUGGCGCACUGGCUGUCCUGAUGAAAGAUGCAAUCAAGCCAACAUUGAUGCAAACACUAGAGGGAACCCCUGUGUUUGUACAUGCUGGACCGUUUGCAAACAUCGCACACGGCAAUUCUUCGGUUUUGGCUGACAAGUUGGCGCUGAAGCUGGUUGGCAAGGAGGGGUUUGUGGUGACUGAAGCUGGCUUUGGCGCUGACAUCGGAAUGGAGAAGUUCUUCAACAUCAAGUGCAGGGCCUCGGGCCUUCAGCCUGACGUGGUGGUGCUUGUGGCGACGAUCCGAGCUCUGAAGAUGCAUGGCGGUGGGCCCAGUGUUACUGCAGGGAAGCCCCUAUCUAAAGAGUACACGGAGGAGAACCUGAAGCUGGUCGCUGAUGGGUGCUGUAACCUGCAGAAACAGAUCCAGAUUGCUCAGCUUUUUGGGAUUCCAGUUGUGGUUGCUGUGAACGUUUUCAAGACUGACAGUGAAGCGGAGAUUGACCUUGUCUGUAAUAUCGCGAAAGGCUCCGGAGCUUACGAUGCUGUCCCCUGUAAUCACUGGGCUGCUGGAGGCAGGGGUGCCGUACAGCUGGCCGAGGCAGUCAGGAAAGCUGCGGACCAGAAGAGCAGCUUCAGGUAUCUCUAUGACCUAAAGAUGCCCAUCGUGGAAAAGAUUCGCACAAUAGCCCAGGAGGUGUAUGGGGCUGAAGAUAUAGAGCUCUCUCCCCAAGCUCAGUCCAAGGUGGAUCUGUAUGUCAGUCAGGGCUUCGGAGAACUGCCAAUCUGCAUGGCAAAGACCCAUCUGUCACUGUCGCAUCAGUCUGAGCGAAAGGGAGUUCCCAGUGGUUUUAUUCUGCCGAUCCGGGAUGUGCGUGCCAGUAUUGGGGCUGGCUUUAUCUACCCACUGGUGGGCACGAUGAGCACUAUGCCAGGACUACCCACGCGCCCUUGUUUCUAUGACAUCGACCUCGAUCCGGAUACUGAGCAGGUGCAGGGAUUGUUCUGAAGGCAACAGCUCUCCGAGUUCAGAGUACUUGGAAAUAUCCUGUCCUCCUUCCUGAUGAACAAACACCAGCCCCAUCUGCCUUUUAAUGAAGUUAUGAGAAGAUCCCCAAGACCUUGAUCGAGUUUGUGUUUUGUAAUAGAUUAAGCCCUAACUUUGAGGUGUUAACGAUCUGCACUGUUGAACUUUAUCCAGUUUCUGAUAUAUAUUUAAUAACUUUGAUUAUGUGUGGUUAGCUAUGGUGAUGCUAAGUGACUUAUUUUAAAUGCGUUGUAAGUGUAGCAUCUUCCGGUAUUCUGUGGAACUGACGUGGGUUCACUGCCCAGUGUCCCAAACGUACCCACACAGGUACCACUUUGUUUUGAAGCGCACAAAGUAAGAUUACACAGUUGUUCAUGAGGCAAAAGGCCAUUGAAUCCAAAUUUGGCACUGACUUUUUCUUUCAUCUUUAGGAAUGCAAUACUUUGGUAGAAACAGGCUAAUGGUUUGCACCCUCUGGACCCAGGUGGGCCUAGAAUGUAAUCAAUCCUGAGCAUUUUGGGGUUCUUUGAAACCACUAAUUUAUUCCUUGCUGUAACUUGAAAUGCCAGAUGGUUUCUUGUGUCUCCUUGCCAUGUACAAUACCAAAUUGGAUUCCUGUUACAAGCCUGAAAUUGAUUUUGAGGAAUUUUGUUGACUUUAUCAUUUGUGCAUCCUGAAACUACUGAUAAUAAUCCCUUGCAUUCAUUUAUUUAAAAAAUUAUUUCGAGCUCUGGUAUUUAUUGCAGGUUUUUAAUAAACAAAUACUUAAAGUUAACAGUUGUUUUACCAUAUCUGAUGCCUCUCCCUUAAGCAAAACAUGCAAGGGUCUUGUGUGUAUGCUUUUAAUCCUUCCACAACUGCCUUCUCAAGGGAUGAAAGCAGCUUUCACACCUCCAUGAGUGGCUCCCUCACUGAAAAAUAUGUUACAUACAUGACCAAGAAUCUGCCUUCACACACCCUUGACUCCUGAAAGGAUGGAAAGCGUUGGCUACUAAGCCAACAGUCUCAGCACCCAGUGUUCUCCCUGUCACAUCCAGCACCCAGAGCCAUCUCACACUGCAGUCUAUUGAAGGUGAUUGGGGGGGAGUAGGUAGGCGGGCUGACUGCAAGCCUGGAGAGGGUGUUCAUAAAUUCUCUGGUAAAUUUAAGUGCCUCUUUCAGCUUGAGGUUACGAUGUUUUUGGAGGGUUGUCAUUGGUAUGGUUAACUUGAACCUAGUGUUUACAUUGCAAAUUUUUACACUUUAUUGUUCUCUGGCCAUCUUCUAAUUGUCUAAAUACACUAUAACGUGUAUUUUUUUUCUGAUGAUUUACUUUUCACUGUAUGCACUAACAAUAAAAGUGAUGCAACUA